CGCAAGAAGGUCUUGCUCACGCCAGGACAUUCGCCUUUAGACUGGGCGCGUCUCACAUCUUCCCCUAAUGCGAAUCUGCGGGGUUUGCCAGCUUCUACUCCAUAUCUGAAAGUCCCGCCUUCUUUGUUGCGCCAGUAUACGGGGAGGAAGGGCAAAGAUGCCUGGACAGUGCUGGGUGGGAAGGUUUACAAUAUAACACCGUAUUUGCCCUACCAUCCGGGCGGCGAGCCGGAAUUGAUGAAGGCGGCUGGGAGAGAUGGUACCAAGCUAUUUGGAGAAGUUCAUCCGUGGGUCAAUUGGGAGGGGAUGCUAGAGGGCUGUCUUAUCGGAAUUGCUGUU